CGCUCAGGGUUGCAGCAGAAACACUCCCCGUCUUUUUUCUUUCCACAUUUAUAAACGCAUCAUAUCCCAUUUAUAUUAUUUCCGAGGUUAAAGUUAUUUGAGGCCAGUUGCAUGCAUUGUUCGUCUCCAAAAAUGGUUUGCGAGACUAAAAUUGUUGCGGAUGAACACGAUGCCAUACAAGGGACCAAAAAAGAUUCUAUUAUCGUUUCCUCCUCACAAAUGUGGACUUCUUCCACACCGGCACCGAAUCCUAUCGAGGAAAAUUAUGUGAGGAAAGAUACGGUUUUUAUCCGUGAGUUUGAGCGCACUGACCAUGUGGAAGUGCGCCGCAUCUUUUAUGAGGGGAUCAUGGAGAGAAUACCCAACACCGCAUUCAGAGGCAUAUUACAGCAAAGUCAAACCCAAUUCUUAUAUGUUCUUCUGACACUAAUGUGCUUUGCUGUGAGCAAAUCCCUCGCGCUGACCUGCUGUGCGCCGUUCGUUCUAAUGGGCGCGCGCUACUUCUACAGCAGCAAAGUUAUCCACAACUAUCUGGCCUGCGCGCUCCAAACUGACAUGGCGGACAUCGAGGAGUAUUACAUGAAACCCACAGGCUCGUGUUUCUGGGUGGCAGUGCUGGAGGGUCAGGUGGUCGGCAUCGUGGCAGCGCAGGGCCGGGAGGACGAUAACACGGUGGAGCUGCGCCGCAUGUCGGUGGACUCGCGCUUCCGCGGCAAGGGCAUCGCCAAGGUGCUGGGGCGCCGCGUGCUGGAGUUCGCCAUGCACAACAACUACGCCGCUGUUGUCCUGGGAACCACCGCCGUCAAAAUGGCCGCCCACAAGCUGUACGAGUCGCUGGGCUUCCGGCGGACGGGUGGGAGCGAGGACUACACGCUGCCUGGCAUGAGCCGUUCGCCGCUAGAGAGGCUCUUCUUCCAGAUCCGUUACCAGCGCUACCGCCUGCAGCUCCGCGAGGAGUGAGGGAUGAGAGAGGGAGAGAGGGAUGGAGCGAGAGAGAGAGAGAGAGAGCAAUGACACCUCCUCCUCGAAGCAGAGCCCCUUGCCCAACGAUCCCAGACCCAAGUCCCCGAUCGAUCUUAUACUCCUCUGGCAACUUUAUUUUGUAUCAAUAGUUACUUCUUCUUACCACUUACCACUACUAUUUCUAUUCAUUAUUCCUAAGUCACUAACUUAUGGGUUUUUGUUUUACAUUUUAGAUUUAGUGUUUUACUCCCCCACCCUUUGAGUAAAUGAUUUUGUUUAGCCUAUUUCCCCUUCCCCUCCUGUUGUAAGAAAAAAGAAUCUCUAACAUAUAUCACCGUCCCAUGCCUAUUCAAAUGACAUCAUCAACUGAGUAUUCCCGUUGCUUUUGAUAGAAAUGUCAUUGUAAUAAAUGUUUAGUUCAUCACGACCCCCCCUCC